AUGUAUAGCCAUGUAUUACCAUGUACAGCCAUGUAUUACCAUGUAUAGCCAUGUAUAGCCAUGUAUUACCAUUUAUCACCAUGUAUUGUCAUGUAUUACCAUGUAUUAUUAUGUAUCACCAUGUAUUACCAUGUAUAGCCAGGUAUAGCCAUGUAUAGCCAUUUAUAGCCAUGUAUUACCAUGUAUCACCAUGUAUUACCAUGUAUAGCAAUGUAUAGACAUGUAUAGCCAUGUAUAGCCAUGUAUUACCAUGUAUCACCAUGUAUUACCAUGUAUAGCCAUGUAUAGCCAUGUAAUGUCAUGUAUAGCCAUGUAUUACCAUGUAUCACCAUGUAUUGCCAUGUAUACCCAUGUAUAGCUAUGUAUAGCCAUGUAUUGCCAUGUAUACCCAUGUAUAGCCAUGUAUACCCAUGUAUAGCCAUGUAUUGCCAUGUAUUACCAUGUAUUGCCAUGUAUGACCAUGUAUCACCAUGUAUUACCAUGUAUAGCCAUGUAUAGCCAUGUAUAGCCAUGUAUAGCCAUGUAUUACCAUGUAUCACCAUGUAUUACCAUGUAUAGCAAUGUAUAGCCAUGUAUAGCCAUGUAUAGCCAUGUAAUGUCAUGUAUAGCCAUGUAUUACCAUGUAUCGCCAUGUAUUGCCAUGUAUACCCAUGUAUAGCCAUGUAUAGCCAUGUAUAGCCAUGUAUUGCCAUGUAUUACCAUGUAUUGCCAUGUAUUACCAUGUAUCACCAUGUAUUACCAUGUAUAGCCAUGUAUAGCCAUGUAUAGCCAUGUAUUACCAUGUAUCACCAUGUAUUACCAUGUAUAGCAAUGUAUAGCCAUGUAUAGCCAUGUAAUGUCAUGUAUAGCCAUGUAUAGCCAUUUAUAGCCAUGUAUUACCAUGUAUCACCAUGUAUUACCAUGUAUAGCCAUGUAAUGUCAUGUAGAGCCAUGUAUUACCAUAUAUCACCAUGUAUUACCAUGUAUCACCAUGUAUUGCCAUGUAUACCCAUGUAUAGCCAUGUAUAGCCAUGUAUAGCCAUGUAUUGCCAUGUAUUACCAUGUAUUGCCAUGUAUGACCAUGUAUCACCAUGUAUUACCAUGUAUAGCCAUGUAUAGCCAUGUAUUACCAUGUAUUACCAUGUAUAGCAAUGUAUAGCCAUGUAUAGCCAUGUAUAGCCAUGUAAUGUCAUGUAUAGCCAUGUAUUACCAUGUAUCACCAUGUAUUUCCAUGUACACCCAUGUAUAGCCAUGUAUACCUAUGUAUAGCCAUGUAUACCCAUGUAUAGCCAUGUAUUGCCAUGUAUAGCCAUGUAUUGCCAUGUAUACCCAUGUAUAGCCAUGUAUACCGAUGUAUACCGAUGUAUAGCCAUGUCUUGCCAUGUAUUACCAUGUAUUGCGAUGUAUGACCAUGUAUCACCAUGUAUUACCAUGUAUAGCCAUGUAUAUCCAUGUAUAGCCAUGUAUUACCAUGUAUCACCAUGUAUUGCCAUGUAUACCCAUGUAUAGCCAUGUAUACCCAUGUAUAGCCAUGUAUUGCCAUGUAUUACCAUGUAUAGCAAUGUAUAGCCAUGUAUAGCCAUGUAAUGUCAUGUAUAGCCAUGUAUAGCCAUGUAUAGCCAUGUAUUACCAUGUAUCACCAUGUAUUACCAUGUAUAGCAAUGUAUAGCCAUGUAUAGCCAUGUAAUGUCAUGUAUAGCCAUGUAUUACCAUGUAUCGCCAUGUAUUGCCAUGUAUACCCAUGUAUAGCCAUGUAUACCCAUGUAUAGCCAUGUAUUGCCAUGUAUAGCCAUGUAUUGCCAUGUAUACCCAUGUAUAGCCAUGUAUACCCAUGUAUAGCCAUGUAUUGCCAUGUAUUACCAUGUAUUGCCAUGUAUUACCAUGUAUCACCAUGUAUUACCAUGUAUAGCCAUGUAUAGCCAUGUAUAGCCAUGUAUAGCCAUGUAUUACCAUGUAUAACCAUGUAUUACCAUGUAUAGCCAUGUAUAGCCAUGUAUAGCCAUGUAUAGCCAUGUAUUGCCAUGUAUAGCCAUGUAUUACCAUGUAUACCCAUGUAUAGCCAUGUAUACCCAUGUAUAGCCAUGUAUACCCAUGUAUAGCCAUGUAUUGCCAUGUAUUACCAUGUAUUGCCAUGUAUUACCAUGUAUCACCAUGUAUUACCAUGUAUAGCCAUGUAUAGCCAUGUAUAGCCAUGUAUUACCAUGUAUAGCCAUGUAUUGCCAUGUAUAGCCAUGUAUUGCCAUGUAUACCCAUGUAUAGCCAUGUAUACCCAUGUAUACCCAUGUAUAGCCAUGUAUUGCCAUGUAUUACCAUGUAUUGCCAUGUAUGACCAUGUAUCACCAUGUAUUACCAUGUAUAGCCAUGUAUAGCCAUGUAUUACCAUGUAUUACCAUGUAUUACCAUGUAUAGCAAUGUAUAGCCAUGUAUAGCCAUGUAUAGCCAUGUAAUGUCAUGUAUAGCCAUGUAUUACCAUGUAUCACCAUGUAUUUCCAUGUACACCCAUGUAUAGCCAUGUAUACCUAUGUAUAGCCAUGUAUACCCAUGUAUAGCCAUGUAUUGCCAUGUAUAGCCAUGUAUUGCCAUGUAUACCCAUGUAUAGCCAUGUAUACCCAUGUAUACCGAUGUAUAGCCAUGUAUUGCCAUGUAUUACCAUGUAUUGCGAUGUAUGACCAUGUAUCACCAUGUAUUACCAUGUAUAGCCAUGUAUAUCCAUGUAUAGCCAUGUAUUACCAUGUAUCACCAUGUAUUGCCAUGUAUAGCAUGUAUAGCCAUGUAUAGCCAUGUAUUGCCAUGUAUUACCAUGUAUUGCCAUUUAUUACCAUGUAUCACCAUGUAUUACCGUGUAUAGCCAUGUAUAGCCAUGUAUAGCCAUGUAUUACCAUGUAUCACCAUGUAUUACCAUGUAUAGCAAUGUAUAGCCAUGUAUACCUAUGUAUAGCUAUGUAUACCCAUGUAAUGCCAUGUAUUGCCAUGUAUACCCAUGUAUAG